AUGAAGUUUCAUUCACCGGAAGUUGUAAGAAUGGCUGCUUGUUUUUGCUGUUUACGAUGUUGUUGGGACGGUCCAGGCUUUAAUUCAGGACAUAUACCUUUAAAAGAAAUUCCUACGGUGAAACUUGACACUUCAGUUAUGGGUAAUGAUGUAGUGAUUGUCAAGGACGGUCGACGAAUCUGUGGAACAGGAGCAGCACUUUCCAAUGCACCCAUCGCACAAGAUAAGGCGUAUUUUGAAGUGAAAAUUCGAAGUACAGGUGUAUGGGGGGUAGGAUUGGCCACAAGAAGGUGCAACUUGAACACAGUGCCACUCGGAGACAACACAGAGUCCUGGGUCCUCAGACAUGAUGGAUCUCUAUUCCAUGACAAACAACAGAGAGGGAAGCUUUCAGAAACUCCUCAGGAAGGAGAUGUUUUGGGUCUUACAUAUGAUCAUGUCCAGUUAAACUUCUACCUGAAUGGCCACCCUUUGUCUUGUCCACUUACAGGAAUGAAAGGGACUUUGUAUCCAGUGUUUUAUGUGGAUGAGGGAGCAGUUAUUGAUGUCCAGUUUGACAAAUUCUACCAUCAACCACCUGAUGGAUUUGACAGCAUCAUGAUAGAACAGUCACUGUUGUGACAUCAUGAUAGAACGGUCAUUGUUGUGACAUCAUUGAAGAUUUCUUUUUGUGACAGUUGUGGAGUUUUAGUGACAUGUAUUUGCAUUUGAAAAUUUGAUUCUUAUGGAGGAUGUAAUCUUCAGCAAUGCUGAAAGUUAUAAUAUGUGGAACAGAUUUGAAUGAUCCUGUGAAAUAAUUUUGGAGAGAAGUUAUUGCUAAGGUGACAAGGAAAUAUUCUUUCAAAAGUUCAAGCGGUGUGACAUUUUGGUUUGUUCUACUUUGGCACAGUGUGGCAUUUACAAGAACAGGCACCAAAGAUUACACCCCAUAGCUUUAUAUGGACAUUCCGUAUAACAAUUGUGAUGAUGGAAUAUAUAUUUUACCACAGAGACAAGUGCAAUAUGCUUUACUUAUAAUGUACCUAGGUUGUCAAAUUUCUAAUUGUGUGAUAGAUUAGAAUUAUGGUUCAUGUUUCAGUUUAGUCAUGACAGGUGAUAUGAUAAGCAAACUUUGUCACACAUAGUACAUGUAUCAUUUUUACAAUUCUCAAAGUAAUUAAUUCUGUUUUAAAGUGAAUCUUUAACAAAUAGUACUUUUUUUUUAUUUUGGUGAAAUUAAAACAAAAUGUAACAUAUAUAAACAUAUGUAUGCAAACAAUAUAUAGCUGUAUUAAGUGGUGUACAUUUGCAAUUUUUUCCAUCAUUUUGACCACAGAUUAAUGUAACAUAUGUUCUUGCUUCGGCAGAGUUUAAAUUCAUCUUGAAUAAAGUUCUAUUGACAAUCAGCUGUAAUAGAAAUCUAAGUAAGUGGUGUCAAACAAGAUAAAUAAAACUAAUGAACAUUACAAUUUUUGACCUCCGAAUGAAAGAUAUUUAUGUUCCAGGAUAACAAACAUGCUAUAUACCGGUAAACUUUUUUUAAUUUGUAAAAAUCAUGAAGUUUCUGUAUGUAUGAUAGAUAAUAAUCUUGGUACAAAUUUAAGAUGUACCAGAUCUGGGGCUCUGUUGAGGUUUACGUAAACAGAGCAUGUGUUAUAAUGACACUGUAUUUUGUACAUUUAUGCUAUAAACUACUGGUUAUCUGCUAUGUACUAAGUGUAUCAUGAAGAAGUCGAUUAUAUCUGUAUACAGCUUGUAAGAUGUAUAGGUUCUGCUUUACUUUAUAUGAUCAAUGUAAAAAUAUACUGGCACAGUAAACAAUAAAGACACUCAGCAUUA